UUCCUUAACACAUUCCUUCAGGAAAUCCAAGAUCAAUCAAAGCUAGCUUCACAAAUUUCAUGGCCACAAAGAUCUCCUACGAGGAUUUUGAACCCUUGUGCACAUGGAGGAGAGAGGAAACCCAACACAUUCUCCAAGUCCAUCUCGAAGGUUUCAAGAAACAUCAGCUGAGGGUUCAAAUCAACAGAGAUGGUCUCCUAACAAUCAGCGGAGAACGUUUUUUGGACGACAAUCGAAAGAGCCGCUUUAGUAAAAGAAUAAAUCUCUCCAAAGAUUUGAACCUGGGUGAUAUUCAUGCUAAAUUUUCAGGUGGAAUUCUUUACAUAACACUGCGAAAGACAACUUCUUCCUUCGAGACACCUCACGACCAACCUGCAUUACCUCAAAGAAAUCAAGAAAAUGAAAACCCGAAACAGCCGAUUAAUUAUCGAGAUAACGAGACUAAUGGGUUAGGGUCUAAAGAAUCAGGCGGUAAGAUUGAGAAGGAUGAUAAUAUUGCUGCUUGGGGGACCACCAUCAGAAAGCCCACAGAAUGUGCAGCCGGGAUCACAAGUUUAGUCACAGGGCUUAAAAUGAGUAGAAAAACAGCGCUGAAACUGGGGGCAGUGGCGGCGUUGGUGGUGGUGGUGAGUGUCGGGGCCUUCGUUGCCUACAAAUAUCGCCGAGCUUUUCAAAUUGAGGACUGAACUCUUGACGGUCUAAUUCCGGUUCUUAAUUUUAGUUCUUUGAAUAUUAAUGUGUUGAAAUGGAAUCAACUCCACGGGCAGACGCAGGAGAUUGGAUUUGAGGAAGAAAUAUUGUAUAUAUUAAUUUACUUAAAUUAUAAAGGAUGACUGAAUAAAUAAUGCUAUUGUACAA